CAAAGGAUAUUUCAACAAAUAUAUUAACUUUCAGGUCCUACUGAUCUGCAUCCUUUGUGUGCCAAUCAUGUCGGAUUGUUAAUACAUAAAUGAAAGUAUUUAGUGUAAUUGAUCACAGCGUACCUCAAAACACAAUUCUAGUUCCUUGUUUUGGAUUUUGCACAACCGCUUGGCCCCGAAGCGUCAUUUCACAACCUUCUCAUGCACGUGUCCUCUCCGCGCCUCUAGGGGGCGCCUCGGGUGAAUAAAUGAUAAAUAGCUGCUUUUUAUCCUCGUUUCUCGCUGUCCUGAAGAUACGCAGGAUCUAACUAACUUUUAUUUCGCGUAGAAGACCCACUCUUAACAUAUUCGAGACAUGACGCUCAUCUCUCUGUUUAUCUUCAUAACUUGGUUGGCGGAUGCAGAGCUGAAAACGACAAAAGUGUCGGGGACGACAUGCACUUUCAAAGACAAGAUCUUCAGUCCCGGAGACAGCUGGCAUCCCUACCUCGAGCCCUUUGGCUUCAUGUUCUGUAUGCGCUGCAUGUGCACGGAGGCGGGCCAUGUGAAAUGUAACACAAUCAGGUGUCCUGCGUUGACUUGUGAGAAUUCAGUGACCGAGCCGCAGCAGUGCUGCCCCCGCUGCCCAGACGAGCCCCGGGUUCCUGCAGGACUCCGAGCCUCGGUGAAGACCUGUCGGUACAACGGGAGUGUUUACCAACCAGGGGAGUCGUUCACCAAACACGACCUGUUCCCGUCCAGGCAGACCAACCAGUGCGUCAUGUGCACGUGCUCGAAUGGGAACAUCUUCUGCGCACUGAAGACCUGCCAGUCCCUGAGCUGUUCCUCCCCCGUCCCCCUGCCAGACACCUGCUGCAUGGUCUGCAGAGAUCAGCUGACCAGCGGCUCCUCGUCCACAGAGGAUGGAAACCAACAGCUGAACCGGGGCGUUAGACACUCUGUGGACCAGUGCUCUGAGGAGCCACUGGUGAGGGACCGGUCGGGGGUCCUUGGGGCCACCUUGUCCUCACUGAAGAGCAGCCCCAGGUCGGGGCCCUGGGGCCUGGGUCUGGGCAAGCUCAACCUGAAGGGAGCUGCGGACACAACUGUCAAGAUCUUCUUACAGAAGAAACAGCAGAAAGCGUGUUCGUACAACAGUAAGACGUACUCCCACGGGGAGACAUGGCACCCUGUCCUGGGACGCGUCCUGGAGUGCAUCCUGUGCUCGUGCAGUGACGGCCUGCAGGACUGCCGACGCAUCACCUGUCCCAACCAGUACCCCUGCAAACGACCCACCAAGUCAGCGGGGAAAUGCUGUAAGACCUGCCCAGAGCUUCGGGCCGAGACGAACCAGAGCAAGUGUCACCAUGGUUACCGAAACAACGUCCUCGUCUACAAGGUGGAACCAGUGAGAAACGACUCAGACGACAUCAGAACCAUCGCCAUCGAAAAGUUGGGGCUGACGGAGGUGGAACUCCAAACCUGGAAGACCGUGGGAGAGGAUUUACAGUUGUUGGAAAUCACAGAAGUGGAACGUAGAAACGUCACGGAUCACCCUGAAAGCUACACAUUGCUCGCUACGGUCGCUGAAGACACCUGGAAAAAGUUUAAGGGGGAGAAUAUCGGUGACAAUUCUCAAACGACGGUUUGCGAUGACGGCAUCAGGGAGAUAGUCAAUUAUUUAAACCCCAAGCACACUGAAGACAUGUGUUCACCUUAAACACACAAUGUCCCGCGGAGAUACAGUUAGAUUCCAGUUAAAGCAGGAUCAUCGCAAAUAUACCAUAGACUUCUGCCACAAAACAAUGCACGAAACAAUAUUUAUAGAAAGAGCUUUUUUUUAAUAGUUGUUUCAUAAGGUAGAACUGUUUAUAAAAAUAGUUUUUACAUACAUACUGCAACAAACAAUAUACAGUGUAUGACCGUAUGGCAAAAUAUAAAAACUUAAAAUGUUUACAUUACCAGUACCCAAAUAGAGUUCAGAUAUAUGAUUUUUGCGGUCAGAAUCUCUUGUACCAGCUCGAUGUACUAAUUAAACAGUUAAUGUUUCGUUAACAAUGUCUCCAUAUAACAUUGUAAGUGUUUUGUUAUAACACUUCAGACAGGGGGUUAUUGACCUAAAUCAACAGCCUUUAAAAACUUUACUGUAAUUCUGUUGAGUUACUCUGUUAUCUUUUUAUAUUUAUUGUACAUAUAAAAGUCUUAUGAACUUAAAGAAUGCCUGUCAUGCUUAUUGUAUGAUUCAAAUGUUUGUAUCUAUACAUCCAUACACACUUUGAUCAAUGCUUUGUGUUUCUCUAAACAUUAAAAAGCUAUGAAUCUGUGACAAGUUAGCCCACUGAGAAGGCUUAACAUCAACACCUGUGUAUGGCUCUACCUUAUCAUCCAUUAACGUGCAUGUUCAACAAAAUCAUCCUCAAAAUUAAGUCUGAAUAAGUUAUGCAUGAAUCAUUUUACACUAGUCCUGAAUUGUAGCUAAGCUUACCUAGGUAAAAAGGCUGUAUAUAUAUGAACAGCUCCUCACUCCCUAGAGCAUUUGUUCUCAAACUGAGGCCCACGGGCCAAUGGCGGCCCGCUGAAACAUCCCUGAAAAAAAUAUUUGUUUCCCGUCGUUUCCCGCCGAACAUUUUUUCCUUUGGCAGCCCUCAGUCAAAUUUUAGUUUCCUAAAUUGGCCCUCGGCUGUCAAAACUUUGAGAACCCCUGCCCUAGAGGCACCCCAAAUGGGGGCGAGGCUCUGCACCAGAACUCACGUUAAGUAUUAGAAGAUAAAUCAAAAGCAGAGGUGCAAAGUCCCACCAGCACCACCGAAACACACCCAUAGCGUGGUAGCAGAUAUCACAGCAAAUGUGAUAUCACAGCAAAUGUAACACCAAAAAAAAAAA